UUUGAAAACGUCACCCAUGUUACAGGAAUGUUGCUUGCCCUGUGCAUAUAAAUACAGGAGUCAAGAGCAGAGAAUUGCACCUUUGAGAUCUUGUCGUUUACAUCUCUGCAUUACUGAGCAGGUCUUGGGAACAGUUGCUGAACAGUUCUAGGCUAUUCCAAAAUGAUCUACGUCUUGAUUUUCAGUCUUUGCUGUCUCACAGCUCGGGCUCUGUACCUUCCCCUGGAUUACUCACCGGCUGUAGGCAGGGGUUCUGGGAAUUCUUUCGCAUCCUCUGGGGAAGACCGUAUCACUGGAGUCCGAGUGUGGGAGAUCAGCGGAAGCUACAUCAGAGGAUUACAGCUCAAAUAUGACUACACCUGGACACCUGUUUUUGGUCAGAGUCUCAACGAGCAACAGGAGAUGUUGCUAUUUGAUGAUGAGGCCAUUGUGCAGAUCUCAGGGAAAUACAAUCCUGGAAACUAUGUCUAUCAACUGAUGUUCGUCACAAACAGAGGCCGCUUUCUCAUCGCUGGCCAGCCCAUUGGCACAUCUUUCAACUUCUAUCCCAAUCAUAGGCAGGGUGAGCUGCGACUGAUCAGCGGGAGGAGCGAUUCUAAUGGCAUCACCUCCAUUGCUGCGCUCUGGGCAACAGCCUACCCUGUAGCACCAAACGUCCCACCCAGCAGAAAUGAAUCCAUGUUGGCACUUUCAUAAUCGUUUCAAAUCCAUCGUUCAUUAUGUUUACCAUUUAUGAAAUAAAUGACAAUAUGUCAUGAACAUACUAAGAAUAUUACAUAUUUGUAGAAUUUAAUAAAGGGUGUACUCAUUUGUGCAACCCUUGAUUUAAGCAACGUUGCCUAAUUUGCUUAUUUUAGUUAUUGAUGACAUAUCUUUCUAUGUUGUUAUUAAGUAUGUGUUUAAUAAAUUUUAAUUUUGUCAUCGUUC